AUGCGUGUAGGUGGAGGAAUAAAAGUUGGUCGUCAUUUGAGGUUAAUGAUGAUGAGUGAAAGGGAGAGAAAACGGGUGAUUGAACGGAAGAAGGCAGCGUUGUUGAAGCAAGCGAAAGAGCUUUGUGUGUUGUGCGAUGUGGAGAUUGGGAUUGCAAUGUACGAGGGAGAUUGUCUUAUUGAUGUUUGGCCUUGUGUGGAAGAAGCGAGGAAGCGAUUCUUGGGGUUUUGGGGGCUUCCGGAGGCGGAGAGAGUGAAGAAGAUGGUGACGCACGAGAAGUUUGUGAGAGAUUGGGUUAAUGGUGAGAUUGAGAAGAUGCGGAAGAAGGAGGAUGAAGUGGAGAGGAAGGAGAUGAAUGUGGUGAUGAAAAAGGUAAUCCAGGGAGAAAGCAGAUUUGAGGAGAUACAGGAUGCAAGGCAGCUUAUGGGUUUGUAUGCGUUGGCUGAUGAGAAGAUGCAAGAGCUGGAGAAGAGGAAGCAACAUCUUCUGCAGCUGCGCAAUCACGGCGGUGCGGCUGGUGUCCCUCCGCUAGCAACUGCCGCGGAUUCUGCAUCUUGGUUCGUUCCGGCCAUGGCGCCUCUGCCGCCAGCAACUGCAUCUUGGUUCGUUCCUGCCAUGGCGCCUCUGCCGGUAAACGGCGGCGGUGGGGGUGAGGGUACCCAUCGUGACAUGAUCUUCUCUGAUGUUGAUUUCAAUCAAGUUUGGCCUUAG